AUGUCAGAGUUAUCUGCAACACCUAAAAGUACAUUAAUUGGCUGUGAUGAAAAUGAAUUAUUGCAUUAUCUGCAUGAUCGUUACACAGCUAAUCAUAUUUAUACUUAUGUUGGGUCAAUUUUAAUUGCUGUGAAUCCACAUCAACAAGCCGAUAAUUUAUCUGUGUAUGAACAAAUAAAAGACUAUCAACAAUCACGUGAUAUUAUGCCACACAUAUUUAUUGUUGGUGAUAAAGCAUAUCAUGAUAUGAUUAAAAAAAAUCAAUCAAUUAUUAUAUUAGGUGAAUUAGGUGCUGGUAAGUCAAAUAAUUCAUUCAAUUAUGAUGAUUAUUUAUCUUUUAUUUGUCAUUUAGGUAAAACAGAAACAUCUAAAUGUGUUUUACAAUAUUUAACUGAAUCCUACAGUGGUGGUAAUGAUUUAAUGAAAGAACGUUUUAUAAAAUCCAAAACAAUACAUAAUAAUUCAAGCCGUUUUGGUAAAAUUUUUGAAGUUCAUUUUAAUAACGAAUAUCAAAUAGUUGGUGGUAUUUUAUCGUAUUAUUUAUUUGAAAAAUCUCGUGUAUGCGUACAAACAAAAGGUGAAGAAAAUUAUCAUAUAUUCUAUCAUCUAUGUGUUAAUGCACCAGAAGAUAUUCGAAAUACUUUACAAUUAAGUUCACCACAUAAUUUUUAUUACCUGAAUCAUGAAGAUUAUAAUGUGAGUAGUUUCGAAUGGUAUAAAAAUGAAACAUAUAUGUUUUGUCUGAAUGUUUUUUAUAUUUUUUCUUCAUGUAAAGCAUAUUGUACUAUUUUAUUUAUCUUAUUUCAGUUUACAUCAAAACAACUUCGUAAUCCACGACCGGAUAAUAUAACAGAUUUUAUUAAAUAUGAUCGAAUAAUGGAUUGUAUUGAUAUUUCACAACAAGAUAAAUUUAAUAUUUAUAAUACUCUGGCUCUCAUUCUUCAUCUUGGUAAUAUUAAUUUCGAAAAUGAUCCAAAAAGUACACAAUAUGAAUGUAAGAUAAUAUCAAUGAGUGAACAAGCAUUAACAAUAACAGCUAAAUUGCUUAAUGUCAAUAUUGAUGAUCUUCGAAAUGCAUUAACAACAAAAAUUUCAAUGAUUAACAAAACUGUUAUUUCCUGUCCAUUAACAGUUCUUGAAGCACAAACUGUUCGUGAUAAAUUAGCCAAAACAAUUUAUGCUCGAUUAUUUAAUCAAAUAGUUGAUUUUGUUAAUAAAUCAAUAUCAUUUAAUUCAUCAACAUCAUACAUCAGUAUUCAUGAUACAAUUGGCUUUGAAUAUGUUCAUAUUGGUUCAUUUGAACAGUUUUGUAUAAAUUAUUAUAAUGAAAAAAUACAUAAAUUUCGUAAUGAUCAUUUAGUAAAAAAUGAAAUAUUAUGUGAAGAAGAAGAUCGUAUUUUAAACAAACUUGGUUUUACCAAUACCGAAGAAUGUAUCAGUACGUUUUUUUAA